UUUAAAACUACAUUCCUGUGUGAAGUUUAUGAGAUUCAAGACCGUAGGAAGACAGGAAAGACUGUUACUAGGAUCUCUCAACACCGAAGAUUCAUUGUUGUGUCAGAGGCCGGUUGUAAAUGUCUCAUCCGUUGUGUUUGGAGAAGCACCACUUGUGGAUUAAGAUCAGAGCAGACAGAAUUCUGGCUCGCGCAGUUCGUCAGUUCGCGAGCUCAUUUAUCCAUCCUAGUGGUGCGAGAUUCCAUCACACCACAGACUCGCUUUUGUUAGAUGGAAUCUUCCUCGGGUUACAGCCUGUGCUGCAACACGUCCCAUCGGAUAGGCCCAACUUGCGGCCAAUUACCAGAGGAAGCCAUGUGUUCUGCCGGGUGAUUUACAUCGUGCGCUGGAAGCAGCAGAAUGCAGACUAUUGCUCUGUUAAAUCAACACUGCAGACAAUUGCGGCCCAGGAGACCAUCAGUGAUGAUGCACCGCCACAUUCCUUCUUAACUGUACUCUGGAAGAGGUGAUGAAAAAGAAGAGUGAAUUAAUAAAUGUAACGUCGUGAAAGCGUAUUUGACGUUAAGCUGUCAUCUUUAACCAUUUCUCAUGCUUCGCCUUGCUAUAUGACAUGCUGGAGUCUUCGUUGCAAUUGUCUGCAAGCUGGGAUGCAUAUCAGGCUUAGUGUGGUCAUGCCGCUGAUUCCUGAUAAACAGUCUCGGGAAAAGCUUACGCAGGAAAAAUCCAUGUUCCUUAAGAGAGGCCACGCCCCCUCACUAAGAACUGAAUUCAUCUGCUACAGACAACGGAUUGGUGAAUGUGAAUCAUUACUGAAGGUUACUGGUCAGGCUUUGGAUUUAAAAGCCCUGAAGGAAGCUCUGUCCAGAGUGCUGAAACAUCACACUUCAGAUUGGCACUUCGGCAGUGAAUGAUAAACAGUUUAUGAAGAGGGUGUACAAGCAUGCUUAAAAGGAGGUGUGGCGUUGUGUUAGACCUCCUUAAACUCAAACGUCUGUGUUCCGGAUACAGAGCUCAGUCAGUGGAGUGAGAACAGAAAUAGGCUGUCCUUACUGGGCGGAACAGACUGCUCGUACCGGCUGCGUGGACCGGACCACACAUUUCGGAACUCCCAAAAAGAAAAGAAAGAUCUGCCGGUCAGACAAAGACUUCUCUGCGUAUUUCAACAGUUCUCGAAGGAUGAUUUUCAUCUCAUUUAAAAGAUUGAAUGGACCUUUAUGCGCCGUUGCUUCAUCUGAAUGUUCAAUGUGACUUUCACGCAUCUCCGAAAAACAGGUUUCAAUAGCAGGGGGUUCGGAGAACAUCUACUACAUUCAACUUUAAUAAUGCAACAUCCUUUGGAGUUUGGGGCGCACUUUUAUCCCCCGGAUGCCCAUCAAGACCAAAGGUCUCACAGGUACCGGAGUUUCAUGAUUGAAGAGAUUCUUACAGACCAUCCGGAUCACAAAGUAUCAAGUCCAGCGGGAGACCUUCUAAAAUUUGGAGUACAUGCCCUUUUGUCGGCCAGACCAUAUCACAACCACUUAGUCCUGAAAGCAGACCAGACCAGCAUCCUUAAGUUUCCAGUCUCUCCUCUCUCCUGCUCACUCGGUGCGCCGCUGGGCUCUGCUCUUUUUUCCGGAGCGGCGGGUCUGCAAGUUGGCUCAUCAUCCCAUCAUCUCCCGCUAGACCUCCACCUUCGUGGUAAACUCGAUCCUGGAGGUGAUGGUGUAAGCAAGAGCAAGAAAGGAAGAAGAAGCAGGACCGUGUUUACCGAACUACAGCUAAUGGGUCUGGAAAAAAGAUUUGAGAAACAGAAGUAUCUCUCAACCCCUGACAGAAUAGACCUUGCAGAGUCUUUAGGCCUUAGUCAACUUCAAGUCAAAACAUGGUAUCAAAACAGAAGAAUGAAAUGGAAAAAAAUCGUCUUGCAAGGAGGAGGUCUAGAAUCUCCAACCAAACCUAAAGGCCGUCCAAAGAAAAACUCCAUACCCACCAGUGAGCAGCUCUCGGAGCAGGAGAGGACACGAGAUGCGGACCGCUUAUCCGACGGUGCUUCUUCACUUUCUGAUGCAAACCAAGAGGAAUAAACGAGACCAUAAAGACCAAAUGUGAAUUUUUACGUCUUCAGGACUCAAACAGACCCUCUGCCUCUUUGGAUCAUUGCUCACCGAUGCCUUUGUUUUGGCACUUACACGUUUAAAAGACCUAACCACUUGGCCAGAUUUUAUCCUACCUAUGUUUUGUUUGUUUUGUUUGAUUACGCCAACUUUUGAGGCCCUCGAAGUCUUUAUGAACUUGUUUUCCAUGGACCAGACUCCGAGAAGUGGUUAGUAAGGAAUGGUCUCUCUCUCUGCAUUGAAGGCUGUGGUAUCAUAGACUCUUUACCAGCAUAAAUUGUGCUUUUUGCUUUAUUUUUAUGUCACCAAUAUUCUUACAAAAAUAAUUAAAUGCCAGUUUGUCAAAGACAAGUUCCUUGC